ACCAGUAAAGGCUGAAGAUAUUGAAUCCAACUUUGAUAUUAAAAUGGAUGAUCCAAGACCUGAGAGGUUCAGAGGCAAUAAUGGAUACAACUCAUUUGUAAGGAGCCAAGUGAUAAACUAUUGUGCAGCAUCAUCCAAGGACCUUGCAUUUAGAUAUCUUAUGCCGAAGGCAAAUAUACAAGUGGCAGCAAGAGACCAUGACUACACUACACUACCAAUGACAGAAUAUGGGGUUGAUACCGGAACUAAGGUGUCAUCUAUGGAAGAAGUCCUGGAGAUUGAAGAAACUACAAAGAAGCAAAGUGUGUGCAAGAAAUGGCACCAGGAGAGACGAUGGCGUUUGACCUCCUCCAGAUUUGGCGAGAUUUGUAAGGCAACAGACCGUAGAAAUAAGGAAAAACUGUGCCAGUCUAUCUUCAGGCCUGCCAGACUCACUUCACCAGCCAUCAUCCAUGGACAAACUUUUGAGAGGGCUGCUAUUAAAAAAUUUGAAGAAAUUAAUGGUAUAACAGUCAACUUGUGUGGUUUGAGGGUGGACAUUGAUAACAACUUCCUUGCUGCCUCACCAGAUGGCAUAACAAGUCAGGGUGACAUUGUAGAGAUCAAGUGUCCAUAUAAAGGUAGAAAUAAUGCAAUUUCUGUAAAUAACAACUUUCCUUUUUUAGGAAAAGAUGAAAAUGGAGACAUGCAUCUUAAGCAAAAUCACAAUUAUUUUUAUCAAAUUCAAGGGCAACUCAACAUUUGUAAGAAACAGAGGUGCUUUUUUGUAGUCUAUACUUUUAAAGAUAUUUUUGUAGAGGAAAUUUAUGUUGACAAUUCUUUUUGGUCAGGUAGUAUGCUGCCAAAAUUAGAGUUAUUUUACCAGAAAUACUACAGAAAAUUUGUUGCAGGGAAAAUGUAGUUUUGCAAUCUUUAAGUUAUAUAUGCCAUAAUUCACAUAAUGGCAAACCCAGAAGUAUUUUUAUGUUACAAAUACCCUGUACAAUGUUGUUUUAAAGUCAUUACAGAUGCUUUACAAGAAUCAUUUUUCAACUACUUUUUUCUUGGAAUGGCUAGUCUGUUAUAUUCCUGGAACAAGAAAGAUGAUGAAAGAUUAAGAUUUUGAAAGUCAACUUAUUUAACUUAUUAUGGAUUGUCUGAAGUUCUGAAUAACAAAACAUAUAUACAAUAUUCUAGAUCCAAGAGCAACCUUUGAAUGUGAAAGAUUUGAAUUCAAUAUUUUAAAGGUUUUAGCUAAGCCAAUCACACGUUCAACA